UCUGUCUCCCUGACUCUGCCAGUCCACCAGAAACGGUCCUCCUCCUCUCCUAUCACACACACUCAGUCACUCAGUCACACACACACUCACACAGUUCAAACCCCCUGAAAAGCCCUGCUGAAUCCUCACACCGUCUAUCAGCAUGGGGAGCGCUUGUUUUUCCCGGGACCUUUGUUUGUUUAUCCUCCUCAUAAAUACUUUCAGGGUGAUGGGGAAUGUCGGACUUGCAGAUGCAGAUGAGUGUGCCGAAGGUUCUGAUGACUGCCACAUUGAUGCCCUCUGCCAGAACACGGCCAAGUCCUACAACUGUAUCUGCAAACCUGGGUAUAAGGGAGACGGAAAGCAAUGCGAAGACAUGGACGAGUGUGAGAACGACUACAACGGCGGCUGUGUCCAUGAAUGCAUCAACAUACCAGGAAACUACAGAUGCACCUGCUAUGAUGGCUUCAUGCUUGCACACGAUGGACACAACUGCUUAGAUGUGGACGAGUGUGUGGAUAACAAUGGUGGAUGUCAACAGGUGUGUGUCAACACAAUGGGGAGCUACGAGUGUCAGUGCACAGAUGGAUUCUUCCUCAGUGACAAUCAGCAUACCUGCAUCCACCGCUCGGAUGAUGGCAUGAACUGCAUGAACAAGGACCACGGCUGUGCCCACAUCUGCAGAGAAGCGCCAGGCAAGGGUGGUGUGUCAUGCGAGUGUCGCCCUGGCUUUGAGUUGGCAAAGAACCAAAAAGAUUGCAUGUUGACGUGUAACUAUGGAAAUGGUGGCUGCCAGCACACAUGCGACGACACAGACACAGGACCGGUGUGUGGCUGCCACCAGAAAUAUGCCCUUCAUUCAGACAGCAAGACCUGCAUCGAGAAAGAUGAGGCUGCAAUUGAGAGCUCUGAGUUCAAUGCCACGUCAGUAGCUGAUGUGGACAAGCGGGUGAAACGGCGGCUACUUAUGGAAACCUGUGCGGUGAACAAUGGUGGCUGUGACCGGACAUGCAAGGACACUGCCACAGGGGUGCGCUGCAGCUGCCCUGUCGGUUUCACACUACAACCGGAUGGAAAAACUUGCAAAGACAUCGAUGAGUGCCAGGAGAACAACGGUGGCUGCGAUCAUUUCUGCCGGAACACUGUGGGCUCCUUUGAAUGCAGCUGUCAGAAGGGACAUAAACUUCUCACUGAUGAACGAACAUGUCAAGACAUUGACGAGUGCUCCUUUGAGCGGACAUGUGACCACACAUGCAUCAACUACCCCGGUAGCUUUGAGUGUCUCUGCCGCAAAGGUUACAUCCUGUAUGGACUCACUCACUGUGGAGACAUCGACGAGUGCAGCAUCAACAAUGGAAGCUGUGAGCACGGCUGCAUCAACACGCAAGGAGGCUACGAGUGCGUUUGCCCGCCGGGUCAGAAGCUACACUGGAACAAGAAAGACUGCAUCGAGGUGGUGAAGUGCCUGCCUAAUGGGAAGCCUGCACCCCGAGCCCAGCUGACUUGCACCAAGAACGGAGGGGCGGAAGUCUGCUCGCUGUCAUGUCCCUCUAACGCCCUGUUCCUGGCAGAUUCGGAGAACAGUUACACCUUGAGCUGUGGCGUUCCUGUGCAGCCAGAUCCUCUGGCUCCACCCAUCAAGCAGAAGGCCAGGUUCAAGAUUAAAGAUGCCAAAUGUCACUUGAGGCCUCGAAAUAAAGAGAAGCACAGAGACGCUGCCAAACAGAACCUGCAAGGAGGCCAGUUCCCCUGUACCGACGACUGUCAGGUGACUUUUGUCAACCUCAAGUGCGACUCAUCCAAGAAACGCCGACGGGGACGCAAAUCCCCCUCAAAGGAAGUUUCCCACAUCACAGCCGAGUUCGAGAUGGAGAUGAAGGAGGAAGAAGCCUCAGGUGGGAAUGACUCCUGCAAUGUGGAUUGCGUGCGAGAGAGGACGAAGCAGAAGCUGCAGAGUGCAAUGCGGACGCUUCGGAAGUCCAUCAACAAGCAACAGUUCUACAUCCAGUUUUCCGGAACUGAGUAUGAAGUGGCGCAGAAGCCAUCCAAAGCACUAGAGGGCGCUGAGGCUUGCAGCACAGGACAAGUGUUACGAGAUGGAAAGUGUGUGAGCUGUGGAGUGGGAACCUUCUACAGUGGAGAGCAGGAGCAGUGUGUCCAGUGUCCACCAAGCACCUACCAGGACAUGGUGGGUCAGCUGUCCUGUGAGCCGUGUCCGAGCACAGAGGGACAUGGAAUCGCUGGUGCCAAGAAUGUGUCUCAAUGUGGAGGUCAGUGUCCAGCCGGCCAUUUCUCCACCGACGGGUUCCGUCCCUGUCAGACAUGUCCCCUUGGCUCCUACCAACCAGAACCCGGGCGAGUCCUCUGCUUCCCCUGUGGGGGAGGGCUCAUGACCAAGUAUGAAGGGUCUGUAUCCUUCAGGGACUGUGAAGCCAAAGUCCAUUGUGCUCCUGGACAUUACUACAACUCCAGCACCCACCGCUGCAUACGCUGUCCAGCAGGAACCUACCAGUCUGAGUUUGGGCAGAACUACUGCAUCACCUGUCCCGGCAACACCACCACAGACUUCGACGGCGCCACCAACGUUUCCCACUGCAAAAAUCAAGUGUGUGGGGGGGAACUGGGAGAAUUCACCGGUUACAUCGAGUCUCCCAACUACCCAGGAGACUACCCCUCUAAUGUGGACUGUGUUUGGACCAUUAACCCGCCGCACAAGAGGCGGAUUUUGAUCGUAGUACCAGAAAUCUUCCUGCCGAUGGAGGAUGAAUGUGGAGACGUGCUGGUCAUGAGGAAGAGUGCUCUGCCAACGUCCAUCACCACCUACGAGACCUGUCAGACCUACGAGCGGCCGAUCGCCUUCACAUCUCGAUCUCGUAAACUCUGGAUCCAGUUCAAGUCAAAUGAGGCCAACAGUGGCAAAGGUUUCCAGGUUCCUUACGUCACCUAUGAUGAGGACUACCAGCAGCUCAUAGAGGACAUUGUCAGAGACGGUCGCCUCUACGCCUCAGAGAACCACCAGGAAAUACUGAAGGACAAGAAGCUUAUAAAGGCCCUCUUUGACGUGCUGGCCCACCCGCAGAACUACUUCAGGUACACAGCGCAAGAGUCCAAAGAGAUGUUCCCUCGCUCCUUCAUCAAGCUGCUGCGCUCCAAAGUCACAAGGUUCCUCCGGCCGUACAAAUAGACCUGCACCUGCCCCAAGGGAGACCCCUGUCACCUCUCCUGUCUUUCACCUGUCCGUCACUCUUCUCUCAUACCCUGCUUCUCCCAUGUUUGACCCAUAUUUUGCAUCAGAGCUCAGCAGGCUGUGUGUAUAUAUUGUUGCAAUGGAUAUGAUUGUGUAUAUACCAGACACUAAAUGUCCGUGUUGAUUUAUGGCCGGAACCGGAAUUGAGGUCUAACUAUUUUACUAGGUUUCAAGUCCAGUAUCAUAUCUAAAGUCUUGGGCUGUCAAAAGAUUGAAAAUUGAAUCUCAGUUAAUCGCACUAAAGCUGAGUUAACUUGCAAGUAAUGGCAAAUUCAUCACACAUCUUGUAUCUGUUGUAAAUGUAAAUGUGAAAUAAUCUCAGAGGCACUGAAAAAUUUAAAACAUGCUAAAACUUAAACACUGCGAACAUUAUUGGCCACUCUUGUGUUGAAUAACUUUUUGUUACGUUAAGAACAGAUACAGAAGUGCGAUUAAUUGUGAUGAAAUAUUUUAGUCUAUUGACAGACAGCCCUACGCAUGUUGUGACCUGACUCAUACUGGCCUUUAGAACUACGUCAUGGUUCUCUCUGAAACACAAACACACAUGCAAUGAGUGGAUUCAUGAGAAUAUGCAGCCACUCAUCCAUUUUUCUGCCUAGCAGAGGUUAAGUUACAGAGGCAGCUGCCAAAGUUGAACCCAAAAACCUCUCUCCUUCUGGAGGAGAAACAGUUCUACUUCCAGUCUCUUUUGGAUGACAGAGCUUCUGAUCUUCAGCCUGUGGAGAAAACAAAUUUUGUCUGCUUGUGUCUUUGUUCUUUCACUACCCAAAGAAGACACCAAAAUUUAAGCUCAAUAAAAUGCUUAUGACCAGAUGAAAAGUGGCGCAGAUCAUCUAGGUACCUAGAGCUAACAGAGCGACGCACUAUCGUGUGUCACUAUACAGAAAGUAAACAUGCGGGGCAAAAUCAAAGUACUGGUCAAACGUGUCUUCUGUCCCUUAACUCCCUACUCCUCUCCCCAAAUUUGCACCUUCUCUAACAUUUCACCCUUUACUCCCUUUUUUGUUUUUUUGCUCUGCUUUUUUUCCCUGUGUCAUCUUAUUUGGAUGUUUUGUGUGAUAUUUAUACUGAACAUGUCGGAGUGGACACGCGCUCAUGAACAUGGAGGAAGUCUUAAUGUAUACCGGCCUAAAAGUGUCCUGAAUUUGUGUAUUAUGACCCCCAGUGUGCACAGGGCAGAGACAGUGCACUUAAAAUACGACUUUAGUAGGCAAAUUCAAACGAUUGAACACCAGGAAGUUUCUUCCUUCUGGGUGGCAAGUCAUUGGAGCACAGGAGAAGGUAUGGAAUCACAAAGGCUGCAUUCUUAAGCAAUGAAAAGAUGUUUAACAAGCGAAGAUAAACUACCUGCAGGUAACAGAGUGUUACUUUAGAGAGAAAUGAAUGUGAUGUAACUAAUAUUUGGAACGUUAAUUGCACUUGAAUUUUAUAUUUUUUGAACUGUAGGAAACAAAGCUCUAAGUUAGACAUUUGUUGUUGUUGCGUGUUUUGAAUAUAGAGGCGGAAAACUGUAGUUGCUAGAAUCUUCACCCAAACUUCCAGAAACCCGACAAACUAAUGCACACAGUCACCCCAAACGUGUGUUCCCCUCUACUGUUCAUGGCUUCAUCUCUCAGCUUCUUGUAUGAAGGCACUUCAACUAUGACAUAAACAAACAUUGCACCAUCUCCAUGGUGUAUGUAUAUAAAGCUAUUCUUUUCCAACCCGACUCAAUGUAUCUGUGUCAUUCCCUUCUAGAAGGUCCUUCACCUCCAGGUGAUGAUGGACGCUAUAACUGCACAAUGUCACAGGAGUAGAAAACCACAGGUCAUGUGAUCGUAGCAUUGGUGAAUGUAGCAGUGGGACAUGGACCGAUUCCUGAGUGAUUGGAGCAUUAGCAACUUCAUUAUAAGCUGGUUUCCUCUUUGUCUAUGUUUAUUUCAUUUAAAAAAAAACAAAAGAAGAGGCGAGCCUGCCCUCCCCCUGACACAGACGUUGUCAUGUGACUUCCCGGCUUUGGUGUUUACCUUCUGGUCUUUGUGCUGGGCACAGAGCAGAUGAAGUUUUCCCAAAUGUUGAUGUAGAAAUUAUGAUCCAUUUGCAAUGAGAAGACCAAACCAGAGGUUGUUUUUCGGUUCAGCAGAUCCAAUUUUUCUGAUCGCUACUAAGUCAACUAUUUAAUCUGGAGCAGAAACAAAGUUGCUAGUUCCACAUAAAGCAAAGCCCAAGGUUUCUCUCAAGUUCAUUUACCUCAUGACCACAUGGAUCAAGCUAGCAGUGAUACACUCCAGGUGAGAGCCCUUAAUUCCACCCACCACUCGACCAUACACCAGGGACAAACCAGCUCUGCCAGGCAGAGGCUCCUUUAACUCCCACUGGCCCAGAUUUAUUGGGCUGGCUAUGAUUCGCCUGGUGAUGUCACUACUGUUACUGUUGCAGUAAUGGUGUAAUAUCAUGCAGCAUGUUGAUAGAGACACAGUGCGGACAGUGGAAUUUCUCUAGAGUACAACCUUAUAUUAGGUCUCCAACGUGGUUUUAUACUCUUGCUAUGAUGUUAUAUGCUUAGAUUGGACUGCUGUUAGAACCCUGGUUUGGUCUUGGAGGGCCGUGAUGUAUCCGCCCUGCUACCUUCAUGAUACUGUAUAAUAAAGUACUGCAGUAGAUUGUAGAUGAUCAAACCGAGAUGGACUCAAGUGUGUAAUUUAACCAGAUCACCGUUCUCAAUGGAUCACUGUAUCACCCUCCAAAAUAAAAGGUGUCGACUCGGCCACUUGUGUUUGAGGUGUGUGCUGUGUUUAAAAAAAAAGAAAUGCUCCUAAAUGUAUCUUUUUGUCCUUCUCCUGAGAAUGUAUUCUAUUGAUAUCAAGUGUGCAGAUGUGUGGUUGUGUUGGAUGAGUGUGUGAGGGAGGUGUGUGUUGUGCGCGACUGCCGGAUAGACCGGAGGACUGUGUAUGUGUGUACUUUAGUCCAUUUUUGUAGAGGAAUCAUUUUUGUGUUAGUUCUUUGUACCCAAAGAGAGCAAGUGUAACACGGUGUUGUGCCAUCAUUUGGUUCAUCAAACUCCAUUACUGAACAACUUAAAUAAAACCAG